UUCAGAUUUAAGUUCUCCCCUGUAAAAUGAUGAUGUGAUACUAGAUUAUGACGUCAUUCACAAAAAGUAUGUAGGCUAUCAAUAAGGAAGUUAAAGCGCCGGUAGUUCCCCUUCACUAUAUGAGAACUACGAGUGGAUCUAACGUGUCCUAACAAGUUCGUGUCUGGACAUCUUGACUGUUUCUGGUCGUCGAUGUGGAAUUUGAACAGUUUUCUUACCGGAAAGAGUUAAAAACUGAACAGUAGUGAAAAACAAAACAAUAAGGGAGGAUGGAUGUUACUCACCUGACGGAGGACGAAAUGGCCGAUAUAAAGAAGGAAGCCAUAGAAAGGUUGCGACCGUACCUGGUGGAUAAGAUCAUCGCUGACCGUCACUUUGAUUAUCUGCGCUCGAAAAAGAUCCUGACCAGGGAAGACACCGAGGAGAUCAGCUGCAGGACCACCAGAGGAAAACGCACCAGCAAACUGCUGGACAUUCUGGCAGAAAACCCUCGUGGUCUGGACAUGCUCAUCGAGUCCAUCAAAUGGGGCCGAACGCUCAACUUCAUCAUCGCAAGGAUCACAGAUGAGGUGCAGCGGGUCAAAAACGAGCGCCUGGAGGCUUUAAAAGCGGUGUCCAACUCGGCUUACUCGACCACAAAGGGAGCAACCAAUGACUUCUCCAAAAUGGACUCGGACUAUGAUAAGUACUCUACCAUGUGUUUACAUCCUGAAGGCGAAGCCAGUUCCUCUUCCUCUGUGGCGACGGGAUCCUUUAACCUGCGCUUUGGCUCCACUCGGGGGAACGAGGCUCUGUCGGUGUGCGGAGGUUCAGGUACCAUUAACGUCUCCAGCACAUCAUCGAUCCUUCCUAAACCAGGAGACCCCGGAGCUCCAGCCCUGCCCGAGGAGAUGGAGAACGACGAGCAAGACAUCGACGGCGGCGUAUGUAAAAGUGCUGGAAGUAGCGGAGAUGCUAACUUUCAACCGCUACGAUCGCGUUCGUUGUCUCCGCAAACCUCAUAGAGAAAACGCCAUCAGUUUCUAUCAGGGUGUCAGUAGACAUGGGACGAUAAAAAGAAAAAAGACUGGAUUUUGAAGCUCUUAAGAGUUUAAAACAUGCUUUAUGAGGGUUAAAUGUGCUUAAAUAAAUCAUUAUAAAUAACACAACA